AUGAGCGAAACUAUCAAAGUCGGCGCUGUGCAAGCUGAGCCUGCUUGGCUUAACCUGCCAGAAUCCGUAAAAAAGGUCACCUCGCUUGUUGAGCAAGCUGGAAAAGACGGUGUCAAUGUCUUGGGUUUCCCAGAGUUAUUUGUCCCUGGAUAUCCAUGGUUUCUUGACAAUACUGGCAUGUUUCACGAAUGCAUGGCCAAUUCACUUGUGAAAGAUUCUCCUGAGAUGCCUCAAAUCUGCGAAGCUGUUAAGAAAGCUGGCAUCUUCAUCGUUUUGGGUUAUUCUGAGCGAGAUGGCGAUAGCUUGUACAUUGCUCAGUCCUUCAUCAAUCCCGAGGGGAAAAUCAUCCUCCACCGCCGAAAGAUCAAGCCGACCGGCGUAGAGCACGCAAUUUGGGGCGAUGGAGAUGGCCUGAUAAAUGUGGUUGAUAGCCCCUUUGGCAAGAUUGGUGGAUGGCCACCGUUUUUUGGCAGACCGGAAAACAUCCCCAUCCUUUAUACUACGACUGGAGAAGGAGACCGUCUCGCCUGUCAGUUCAUGGCUAUGGAGGGAGCCUGUUUUGUGGUGGUUAGCACGCAAGUGAUGGGCGAAAAGGGAAGGGAGAAGUUGAAGUUGGUUGGCAGUCCCCAUGUGACUUCGGGUGGAGGUUUCGCCAUGAUCUUUGGGCCUGAUGGUACGCCGCUGGUUGACCCAUUGGACCCUGGAGAAGAGGGUAUCCUCACUGCGGAGAUUCAGCUGAGCACCAUUGACUACGCCAAGAAUAUGCUUGAUGUCGUUGGACAUUAUUCCCGGCCGGAUCUUUUGAGUCUGAACAUCAACUUGAAAGGAGCCAAGCCUGUUCGCUAUGUAUAA